GGCAGCGCCGCAGUGCCAGCCUGGAGCCCGCGACUGCCUGCCCCAGCCCCUCAGUGGCGGCUUGCUCUCUUCUCUCGCUCCGAACCAGACACAGCCGCUGCCGCUGCCGUCCGGCGCGCUGCAGACUCCCGAGAACAGCCCUGGCUGUCAGCGAGCACCAGCCGCUUCCUGUCCCCAUCGCCGAGACUGGAGGGGCGCACCACGGCCACCGAGCCAGAGGCGCUUCAGGAGGCAAGAGAAGUCCCCGCGCGCUCCGGGGCCCGGCGCAGCUCAUGGUGAGCGCCCUCUGGGGCUCGAGGGUCCCUUGGCUGAGGGGGCGCAUCCUCGGGGUGCCCGAUGGGGCUGCCUGGGGGUCGCAGGGCUGAAGUCGGGACCGCGCACAGACCGCCCCUGCAGUCCAGCCCGAAAUGCUGCCGCCAGGCAGCAACGGCACCACGUACCCGGGGCAGUUCGCGCUACACCAGCAGCUGGCGCAGGGGAACGCCGUGGGGGGCUCGGCGGGGGCACCGCCACUGGGGCCCGCACAGGUGGUCACCGCCUGCCUGCUGACCCUACUCAUCAUCUGGACCCUGCUGGGCAACGUGCUGGUGUGCGCAGCCAUCGUGCGGAGCCGCCAUCUGCGCGCCAAGAUGACCAACGUCUUCAUCGUGUCUCUGGCCGUGUCAGACCUUUUCGUGGCGCUGCUGGUCAUGCCCUGGAAGGCAGUCGCCGAGGUGGCCGGUUACUGGCCCUUUGGAGCGUUCUGCGACGUCUGGGUGGCCUUCGACAUCAUGUGCUCCACCGCCUCCAUCCUGAACCUGUGCGUCAUCAGCGUGGACCGCUACUGGGCCAUCUCCAGGCCCUUCCGCUACGAGCGCAAGAUGACUCAGCGCAUGGCCUUGGUCAUGGUCGGCCUGGCAUGGACCUUGUCCAUCCUCAUCUCCUUCAUUCCGGUCCAGCUCAACUGGCACAGGGACCAGGCGGCCUCUUGGGGCGGGCUGGACCUGCCAAACAACCUGGCCAACUGGACGCCCUGGGAGGAGGACUUUUGGGAGCCCGACGUGAGGGCAGAGAACUGUGACUCCAGCCUGAAUCGAACCUACGCCAUCUCUUCCUCGCUCAUCAGCUUCUACAUCCCCGUGGCCAUCAUGAUCGUGACCUACACGCGCAUCUACCGCAUCGCCCAGGUGCAGAUCCGCAGGAUUUCCUCCCUGGAGAGGGCCGCAGAGCACGCGCAGAGCUGCCGGAGCAGCGCAGCCUGCGCGCCCGACACCAGCCUGCGCGCUUCCAUCAAGAAGGAGACCAAGGUUCUCAAGACCCUGUCAGUGAUCAUGGGGGUCUUCGUGUGUUGCUGGCUGCCCUUCUUCAUCCUUAACUGCAUGGUCCCUUUCUGCAGUGGACACCCCGAAGGCCCUCCGGCUGGCUUCCCCUGCGUCAGUGAGACCACCUUCGACGUCUUCGUCUGGUUCGGCUGGGCUAACUCCUCACUCAACCCCGUCAUCUAUGCCUUCAACGCCGACUUUCGGAAGGUGUUUGCCCAGCUGCUGGGGUGCAGCCACUUCUGCUCCCGCACGCCAGUGGAGACGGUGAACAUCAGCAAUGAGCUCAUCUCCUACAACCAAGACAUCGUCUUUCACAAGGAAAUCGCAGCUGCCUACACCCACAUGAUGCCCAACGCCGUUACCCCCGGCAACCGGGAGGUGGACAACGACGAGGAGGAGGGUCCUUUCGAUCGCAUGUCCCAGAUCUAUCAGACGUCCCCAGAUGGUGACCCUGUUGCUGAGUCUGUGUGGGAGCUGGACUGCGAGGGGGAGAUUUCUUUAGACAAAAUAACACCUUUCACCCCGAAUGGAUUCCAUUAAACUGCAUUAAGAAACCCCCUCAUGGAUCUGCAUAACCGCACAGACAUUGACAAGCACGCACACACACGCAAAUACAUGCCUUUCCAGUGCUGCUCCCUUUAUCAUGUGUUUCUGUGUAGUAGGUCGUGUGCUUAGAAACCUCACCCCAUUGACUGGUAGUUAAAGGAAUUGGCAGAAGCAGUUGCAAUAAACUCAGUCAAAUGUACCCAGCCUACCAGAGAUGGACCAAUGAUCCUGUGAGAGAAGAGAGUAUGGUGCUGGGUCCUUAAGAAAAAAAUGAUACUUGGUCCUUGAAAAAUAUGCUCUCCCCUCCCUUUUUAAACAAAUGGCUUGUUCAGUCACUUGUUUGUGUUUGAAUUGAUUUUUAAACAGCAGGUUGUGUGUGUGUGCAGUGAUGCGGUGGGAGCACAGCUUUCCUGGGUCUGGAUUCCCGUGGCUUUGUGCUUACGUCAUUUCUUCUCUCUGUGCUGGUGGGGGACUCUUUACCAUAGCUUAAGAAGUCUCCCUGAUUUAUUCUGGUGUCUAAUAAACACAGAUUAUUUGUAUUAUGGGGUGACUAUCUUUGCUUUGCUACAUUGGGUUUUAGGAUUGCUUCUG